AUGAAAAUAAUUUACUUGAUGGGGGGCAGAAGUUCAAGGGAGAAUAGGUGGAGGCAAUCUUCUUCUUUUCGGUCUACUUCUUCGUCUUCGUUCAAUCAAUACCAAUAUCCUCAAUCGCUGUAUCCUCAGGAGAAUCAAAACAACCAUCCAAAGCAGGUUUAUCCGGCUUAUCCACCACAACAGUACAACCCACCUCCUCAAAAUUAUGGUGGUCGACCCCAGGAACCGCAAAGGAAGCUUGACAGGAGGUAUUCAAGGAUUGCUGACAAUUAUAGUUCCUUGGAGCAGGUGACUGAGGCUCUGGCACAUGCUGGCCUUGAGUCGUCCAAUCUCAUUGUUGGUAUUGAUUUCACUAAGAGUAACGAGUGGACAGGUGCAAGGUCGUUCAAAAGACGAAGCUUACAUCACAUUGGAGAUGGUUUAAACCCCUACGAACAAGCAAUUUCUAUUAUUGGGAAAACCUUAGCUGCGUUUGAUGAGGAUAACUUGAUUCCCUGUUUUGGAUUUGGAGAUGCAUCAACACAUGAUCAAAAUGUCUUCAGUUUCUAUCCUGAUGACAGAGUUUGUAAUGGAUUUGAGGAAGUGUUGAGUCGGUACAGAGAAAUUGUCCCUCAUCUACGACUGGCAGGACCAACAUCCUUUGCCCCUGUCAUUGAAAUGGCAAUGACCAUUGUUGAGCAGAGUGGUGGCCAGUACCACGUUUUAGUUAUAAUUGCAGAUGGGCAGGUAACCAGAAGUGUUGAUACUGAGCGUGGUCAGUUGAGCCCACACGAGCAGAAAACUGUUGAAGCGAUUGUAGAAGCAAGCAAGUUUCCCCUAUCGAUUAUUUUAGUUGGGGUUGGAGAUGGGCCCUGGGACAUGAUGAAGGAAUUUGAUGAUAACAUCCCCGCUCGGACCUUUGAUAAUUUCCAGUUUGUCAAUUUUACAGAAAUCAUGUCAGAAAAUGUGGCCCAAUCUCGAAAAGAGACAAAAUUUUCUCUUGCAGCAUUGAUGGAAAUACCUUCUCAAUAUAAAGCAACGAUAGAGUUCAAUAUAUUGGGUUCGAGAAAAGGAAAUGCUCCUGAGAGGUUUCCCCUUCCCACUCCUGUAUAUGGUGCAGCUUCUUUUAGAAGUUCAAAACCUUCAUGUUCAACCAGUUUUAAGCUGAGUUCGCCUCCUUAUUAUGGCAACAGCAGUCCUGUUGGCACAGCUCCAUCUGCUCCAAGUUCUACAUAUGACAACCAGCUUUGUCCCAUUUGCCUUGGUAACUCGAAGGACAUGGCCUUUGGUUGUGGACAUCAGACAUGUUGCGAAUGUGGACAAGACCUUCAAUUGUGCCCCAUCUGUCGGACUCCAAUUCAAACCAGAAUAAAGCUCUACUAAUUAGUUUGUUUGCUUCAUCUGUAUUUCUCUUAGCUAGUGCUGCAAAUUCGUUUUUCGUUAUUCACCUUGUGGAAAUGGGUUUAGGUUUGUGAAUCUAGGAAUGAUGUCUUUUGAUCUGGACGUUAGAAAUGUACAUGUUGAGAUAAUUCUUUAUCUUUUGAUGCUGUUAGUUUAAGAGUGUGCAACUGAGCAUGGUUUAUGGUCACAGUGUUGACCAUUGACUUAGAGAGUAUAGAGACAUAUCG